AUGCCGUCGAGAACAGCAGUGCCACCGGAUCAUCCCGAGCCGCCUCUCACGCAGCAUCAACGUCUGGUGCUCGAGCAGUUGCCUUUCAAAACCCUCCGGUCUUUUCAUGACUGGCUGGACAGCGUGUACGUGCGCGGGUCGUGGGAGGAGUUUCUGACCGACUUCCUCGUCCACAACCCCAUGGCCCCGGAGCCAGACAAGGCGCGCGUCGCCUCGCUGGCCAUAGCUGCCGUCUCGUCUCGCAACCCGCGGUACACGCUGUACCACCCGAAGAAGAAGAGCUGGGCCGUCGAGGACCACCACAUCCGCUUCAUCGUCACCGUCAUCAUGGACAACAGGAGGCUGUGGGACGACGCCAUGCUGGCCGAGCAGGGCGAGCCCAUUGCCAGAGCCGUCUACGAGGUCCUCAGCUACUACCGCGCCAGCGUGCCCAGGCGCUGUGCCUCUCCUCGCCGCUGCGACUAA